AUGGUUUGGUCUUAUUUAGACACCGUGUUGAUAGUGGUGAUAUCUGCGUAUCUAUUCCAAGCACCUUUUACUAAAGUCGAAGAGAGUUUCUCGAUCCAAGCUAUUCAUGACAUUUUGAACUAUGGAGUAUGGAAUAUAGAGAAAUACGAUCAUUUCCAAUUUCCAGGAGCUGUUCCAAGAUCAUUUGUGGGUCCAUUAAUUAUUGCUGGCUUGACUAAACCAUUUGCUGCGAUAUCGUCAAUUUUUGGAGGAAACGCCAAAGCAUCCACUCAGUUUGAGUUUCAGAUCCUGUCUAGAUGUAUGAUUGGUCUCACCAAUGCUCUUUCACUGAUUUAUUUGAAGAAUUGUGCCCAAAACAUGUUUGAUCUUUCGGCCAAGAAACGAGAGGAAGACGAAGAGAAUAGAAGAAAACAAGGUACUUCUGUGAAAAUCAGGGAACCAGAAGCCAAUCUAUCAACUGUAGGAACAUGGUUCCUUGUGUUUGUUAUGACUGGAUUCCAUUUAGUAUUUUACUCUUCUAGACCAUUGCCAAAUUUCGUCGUUACACUGCCCUUGACUAAUGUCGCUAUUGCGUGGAUUCUUUCAUCUAACUACGAUUGGGCAAUCUUCCUCAGUGCAUUUACAGCAGUAGUUUUUAGGCUGGAGGUUGCGGCCCUUGCUAGCGGACUAGCAUUGAUGUCAGUCAUCUAUCGGAAAAUUUCUCUUUUGAGAGCAGUCAAGUUCGGGCUCAUGGGCCUCUUCAUUGGUAUGGGAAUUAGUCUCUCAGUCGAUUCAUAUUUUUGGGGAGCUUGGUGUGUACCUGAGGUUGACGCCUUCGUCUUUAACGUCAUCAAAGGAAAUGCAUCAAAAUGGGGUGCUGAAUCGCCUUUUGCCUACUUGACGCACUACUUGAGAAUGCUAUUCAUUCCUCCAACCGUGCUGCUGUUGAAUCUACUCGGGUUCAAGAUGGCUCCAACAAAUUUGAAGAUCAUAAGUCUCAGCGCUUACUUCCACAUAUUGGUCAUGUCACUACAACCACACAAGGAAUGGAGAUUUAUCGUUUAUUCGCUCCCUCCUAUCAUACUUCUGGGGAGCACUGCAGGUGCGUACAUCUGGGAAAAUAUCAAGAUCACUAGCGUCAAGAACUUGUUGUUGGUUUCAAUAGUACCGUUCUCUCCGUUACUCUCACUUGUACUCUCAUUAGCAUUCCUAUAUGUUUCCAGCAUGAAUUAUCCUGGAGGAGAAGCUCUCACCCAAUUCAACGAUUUGAUAUUAAGCAACAACAUUACUAAUAGCACUGUUCAUCUCACAGUUCCCGUUUGUAUGACCGGCGCAACCCUCUUUGGUCAACUUGAUCAUGAUGUCUACGGAAUCAAGUACGAUAGGACGGAAAAUACUACUGAACUGGAAGCUCUAUGGCCAGAUUUUGACUACUUAAUUGCACCAGAGCCAGAGGCAAGCCUACUACCAUUCAGCAAUACGCCAGCCGAUAAAUGGGAAGUGAUUCAGACCUCAUCAGUCUUCUCUGGGAUAAACGGUAGCGUCAUCAACAGAUUCUGGUCACAAGAGGAUAAAAAUGUGAUCGCCCUACUAAAGGAUUGCAUUACAAGCAAGAACAGCUUAGCGACCCAAAUAUCGGACCUGUUCAAUGAUCUCAUAAUGCGUGAACCUAUCUUUUUCACUUACAGAAGAGUCAAUGACGAAUGA